UUCUCUUUGCAUUUGGGGGGGUUCAGGGUGUCAUUUUCAUCCGUGUCCGUCCCGCCCCCUCCAUGAGUACACCCCGCACACGCUCCAAGUCCCAAAGUGGCCACAGAGACUCUGAGACUCGGACUAAAGUGGCAAGAUGAGCGCCCUGUGUCCGCUCCUGUCUGUCCUCUUUCCGGCACUGCUAUACCUGCUCCAGACUGUCCACGGAGCUUCCUAUUUUGGGGACAGCUACUGUCGAAUAGAUGUCACUCAGGAUCUGUCAAGUUUUCAAGUGUCGCUCCAAUUUAAAACAGGCAGACGAAGCGGUCUGCUCCUACUGGCUGCGGGACACAGAGAUUACCUCUCGUUGGAGCUCUACAAUGGCAGAUUACAGGCUAGGAUUGACAUGGGAUCUGGAGAAAAGGUUCUGGCCUCCUCCAUGGGUCUCCAGCUCAGUAACCUUCUGGACCAUCAUGUGUCUCUCAUUCUGAAAGACUCCAAACUUACUAUGGCUGUGGACAACCUGUACACAACCUUCAUCCCAAUGGAGGGUACAGAUGAGGACCUGAACAUUGACCAGGGCGUGUUCCUUGGAGGCGUGAGAGACCUGGAAGUGGAGUACCUGAGCACAGCUGUGCCCUCCCUGCGUGGGUGCAUGAGCAAUGUUGUAUUUGAGUCUUAUGACUUCGAUAUUCUAGCUACAGCGGCUCCAGUAUGCUAUGACACCAAGGAGACCUGCAGCAGCGAGUUUGAGGCAGGGGAUGGAGACACCACAAGCUUUAUCAGCCCGGACUCAUUCAUCUCUUUCCCUACUUGGACCAGACCUAGCUCAAACUCCCGUAGUCUGGAGAUGAUUAUGAAGACGACCAUUGAGGAUGCUUUGUUGCUCUUCCACCCAGGAUACCAGGCAGACUUCAUUGCAAUUGGAAUGGCAGGAGGGUUCUUGAAAGGUGUAAUCGACCUGGGAAGUGGGAUGUAUGUGCUGGACAAUGUGAAAGUCAAAGUGGAUGACGAUCAGUGGCACAGGGUAACCAUUCAGAUUGACCCCAACAAGUUCCAGAUAAAUGUGGACAGUCAACUGGUUUCAGUCCCUCUUAAUGAGACAGAAAACCUGGAUCUAGUGGGGAACCUAUACCUGGGAGGCAUUCAAAGGAAGAUGAAGGAUGUGUUUCAAGAUGACUUUUUAACUCGUGUGGAGGAGGAGAUCACAACUGAGUCCUUUAUUGGAUGUUUAGGAGAAAUCAAAGUGAAUCAGAAAGGCAGAAGCCUGCAGGACGCUCUGAUAACUAAAGACAUUCAUGUGAAAUGUGAAGGGGAAUAUGAUUACUCCACUUAUGAUGAUGAUUUGGAGCCAACAACUUCGCCUCCAGUAAGAAUAACAUAUGUUGAUUUCAAUGCUGAUGAAAGACAUUGUUUCCCUACAGAGGACUUACCAGAAAUGUUCCACAAUGUUUCCAAGCUUCUGGACAUCACUCCUCUGCUAGUUCCUGAGGGAGGAGAAGCCAUUGUCGACAUACUAAACCUAAACCCAACAUUUAACCUAAACUCUGCAGGUGUUCGUCAAUCUCAGAUCAUCUUUACUCUGCUAAACAAUCCCUGGUAUGGACAGAUUGAUAUGAACUCAAGACACUCAAAGAAGUUUACCCUUCUGGAUGUUGCAAACAAGAAAAUCAAGUAUCUCCACGAUGGCAAUGAAAAGUAUGGAGAUCAAAUCCAACUGGAGGUCAUUGCACAUGGAACGAAUCUCCCUGAGUGCUUGAGUGUUGCACGCCAAUAUGUACUACCGGUGGAGAUCAUCCCCGUCAAUGACAUCCCUCAGCUCAGUGCAGGUGUCAUCUCAAUCACAGCUAAUGGGCGCACACGUUUAAGUCCAAACCUCAUCAAAAUCUCAGACUCAGAUAAUCGUUGUGAUGAACUUAAGGUCACAGUCACUUCGGACCCUACCUCUGCUGGAUAUCUGGAGAAUGCUCAACAGCCAGGAUUUGGUCUAAGAGAGUUCACCUGUAGACAACUGAAAGAAGGAAAUAUCUACUACAUUCACAGGGGAGGAGAAGUGCCUGGACUUACCCUGCAGGUUUCAGAUGGAGAUUUGGUUAGCCAGUCAAGCACAUUUAAAUUGCUCAUCACACAGCCACAGAUUAGUCUGGUCACAAAUACUGGCCUCGUGAUCACUCAGGAUAGCAGUGCUCCUAUUGGAAUACAAAAUCUGGCCAUUUCUGCAACUCCAAAAACUGGAGAUGUUGUUUAUAAUAUCACUCAGCCACUUCUAUUUGGAGAACUGCAGUUGAUAUCAGACAAUGGGGUACCAAAAAGAGUCACACUAUUUCAUCAGUCUGAUCUGGAGCAGAACCGACUGAAAUACAUUCCCAACCUCACAGCUGAUCACAACAGCAUAGAAACCGAGUUUAUUCACUUCAGUGCACAGCUCGGACAGGUCAUUCUCCCAGACAACAGAUUUAUCAUCAAGAUCAUGCCUGCCAUUUUGGGAAUAGCUAAAAUGGUUCCUCUGGAAGUUGAAGAUGGGCAGCAAAAGGUCAUUAAGCCUGAGCAAUUACAAGCUUUUGUGAGGAUAGACCAAACUGAUUCAAGAACAGUCCAGUACAUGAUUCUGAAAUGCCCAGCCCAGGGAGUCUUGAUGCGGCUUGAUAAAGACUUGUCUGAGGGUGAUACCUUUACCCAACAAGACAUUUUGAAUGGUUUCAUCAGUUACAGCCCUCGUGUCCGCAGAGCAGUUGACUCUGAGGAUCAGUUCCAGUUCAAAGUAUUUGCAAAGGAUCAGUACUCCAGAGAAUACACCUUCCCGAUCAAAAUCAAGGCUGAUUCUAACGCUCCUGUCCUAACCAACGAGAGACUUGUUGUGCUGGAAGGUAAGGAAAACAUCAUAAAUAAAGAAUAUCUCUGGGUUCAAACCUCCACUUCAACAGACUUUGUGUACAGAAUAACACAAGAUCCCAAACAUGGUCGUCUUAUCAGAGACUCUCCACCCGGUGAGCAAAGAUUUGAGGGUGCAAUUCGGGUCUUUAGCAAUGAGGAUCUUUCUUUGAACAGGCUGAUUUACAAACAUGAUGGAUCGAAAACAAGCCAUGACCAGUUUAACUUUCUGGCAUUUGAUUCAAGAGGUGGCAAUGGUGGACAAGAUGAGGGUCAUGAGGUACUGAAGGGAGUGUUUAACAUUGCAAUACAGUCCAGGAAUGAACAUGAACCUCAAAGGAUAAUUCACAAACCUUUUAAUGUUGUCAGAAAUGGCCAGCGUUUAUUAACCACUGAUGACAUUCUGUACAUAGACGAUGACUCUGACUUUAAUGACACCCAACUAGUUUAUGCGAGAGUGGGAAUUCUUUCAGGAAACAUCGUCUCCUCAGUAGACCCAACACAGCCUCUCUACCGCUUUACCCAGGCUGACCUGAGGGACAGGAAGGUUUUGUUUGUUCACCAUGGGGCAGAUCGUGAGCGAUUCCAACUUCAAGUAUCUGAUGGUUUGCACAAGACCACAGCUGUACUUCAGGUGCAAGCAGGUGACCCUUAUCUACAUGUAGCCAACAAUACCAUGGUGGUCAUGGACCACGGUAGCACCAAGACACUGAACACCAGUCUGUUAAGUGCAGAGACCAACAUGGACAUCAGAAGUGCAGCUGAGAUCAUUUAUGAUGUGACUUCUGCUCCCAGUGAUGGUAGGAUUAUAGUCAGUGGAAUUGAAUCUUCCACAUUUACACAAGAGGACCUGACUAAGGGUGUGGUUUCCUACGAACACAACGACCAGAGCCUUAGCUCGAAAGAUUCCUUUGCCUUCAGUGUGCACGCUAAGGGUUGGUCCACACAGGGCACUUUCAAGAUUAAGAUAUUCAAGCAAGGUUACCUGUCAGAGCCGCAGAUUGUGUCAAACAAGGUGGUCAUUGCAUAUGAAGGGGAGCACUCUGUUAUUGACCAAACCCAUCUGAAGGUGGAGCAGACAGACAUCCUGCCCAAAGAGAUGGUGUACUCCGUCAAAGACUUUCCACGGUUGGGUCAUGUGGUCAAACUCAACAAUGACUCGGACAGCACAGCAUCACACGUGCUGGACUACAUUCAAUCCUUCACGCAGGAGGACAUAAACCGGGGUAGAAUCCUUUACGUCUCCGCCUCCCUGCAGGGCCGGGACCACUUCACAGCCGACGUCAGUAAUGGUUUCACCACUGUGGAAGAUCUGGAGGUGCAGGUGGACAUUGUUCCACGCAUCAUACCCGUCCAGGUGGUCAACCUCACCGUGAGGGAGGGCGGAUCCGUGGCGCUGACCCAAGAGGUUCUGAAUAUCACACACCCCUACUACAGGUCCAUUAACAUCGAGUUUUAUAUGGAAGAAGCACCUCAGCAUGGAGAUAUCAAGUAUCUGGAGGAAGAAGACGGACUUGACACCUUCUCCUGGGAGGACGUACAACAGGGACAGGUGUACUACCACCACGACAGCAGUGAGACCACAGAGGACAGUUUCACUCUUAUGGCGUCUGCUUUUGACAUCACCCGCCGGAGUGCUUCCCUGAUAGUCGGCAUCACCGUCAUCCCUGUGAACGACGAACCGCCUCGCAUCCAACGCAACACUGGACUGGAGCUCCUAGUUGGCGAGGAGUCUGAAAUCACAGCCAAUAUGCUGAGCAGCGAUGAUCUGGACACCCCUCCAGAGGAGUUGGUGUAUUCAAUCGAGAAGCCCAGCAAUGGGAUUGUUGCCUUUAAAGUGUCUUCACAUGACAGUGUGGACAGUUUCACCCAGGCUCAGAUUAAUAAUGGAGAGGUUUUAUUCAUUCAUCAGGGCUCAGAAUCGGGUGGUUUCAGCUUCACUGUGACUGAUGGAGAACACACUUCACCUCUCUACCACUUCGCUGUCAAGGCAAGACAGCUCACCAUCACCAUGGAAACGGAGGGAGAACUCAUGGUCUUCCCAGGCACCAGGCAGGUGAUCAGUGGAGAUAUUUUGCGGGCUAUAACAAGUGAAGAUGGUGAUGAAAUCACAUACUCGCUGGUGAAACCUCCUCGCUUGGGACGAAUAAUCAAACCUAACCAACUUGGACAGUUUGAAGAGAUCACCAAAUUCACACAGACUGAGUUGGAUGCAGGUGCUGUGUAUUAUGAGCAUCAGAUGCCGCCUGAGCCCUUCUGGGUCCUGAAAGAUUCUGUUGAGCUGUCCCUCACAUCGCCUCCAGCAACAGAGCUGCAACACAGCCUGCCAGUCACUGUCUCAUACUAUGCAGCCAAUCGAAACGUCUCUUCUCAGCUCUGGAAGAACAAAGGUGUGUCCGUGGUGCAGGGGCAGUCUAAAGUGAUCGACAAAUCUGUUCUGGAUGCCUCUAACCUGCUUGCCAGUUUGCCUGAUCAAAAGCGGAAGGGGCAGGACAUCGUCUACGAAGUUCGUCGGUUCCCUGUUCAUGGACGACUCACUCUCGGAGGGUCUGACCUGCCCCGUGACGCUCCCCAUUUCCUGCAGGACGAUGUGGCACGUGGUGAUCUGGAGUACUAUCACGAUGACUCCGGAGCAUCUUCUGAUAGCUUCUCUUUCCGUGUCCAUCUGAACCCCAGUGGCCGAACCCCACAAGUUCAGCCCGGUGCCGUGGUUCUGGAGGAGAUCUUCCUGAUCUCCAUCAGACGGCGAGACUCAAACCCACCAGAACUCGCAAGCUUGGACCUGCUUUUAGAAGCACUACAGGGUUCCACGACCAUCAUCUCCAAAAACUACCUCAACACGGUCGACCAGGACAGCACACCGGACGAGGUCCGAUUCACUAUCUCCAAGAGUCCAGCUAAUGGAUAUCUCAUCUACACUGACAAUGGAGACCGGAUCAACCAGUUCAGCCAGGAAGACAUCAACACUGGGCGGGUUGCUUUCGUCAGCGAUGGAAGUCUGUCCGAUGGCUUCAUGGAAUUUAUAGUAUCUGAUGGGAAACACCAAACGAACCCGUACACACUGCAUAUUGGAAUCCUGGCCAGGUCUCUAAUACUGAACAAAGCUCCGGAGAUCCACGUAAGGCAGGGAGACGAUGAGACACUAAUCACCGAGGACAUGCUGAACACCUCCACUGGGGGUCCUGUUGAGGAGGAGGUACUCUAUAAGAUCACCAACGUCCCAAAGUACGCAGCUGUAAUGGUGGACAGACAGCCAACCUCGGCUUUCACGCAGAAGCAGAUUAAACAGGGAAGAGUAAGCGUCCGUUUCGUGAAGUCCACCUCACCGAGAGAUACCGUGGCCUUUGUGGCCCGAAGCAGGGCAGCGAACGUGUCCUCAGUCCUCAACAUUACUGUGAAACCACUGGCGAAGGUGGCCCAGAAUCCCGUGCUCCCCAGAGGUGCUACUGUACUUGUAGACAGAAAGUUGUUGGAUGCAACACCUCUGGCCAACAAGACCAGAACAUCUCCAACCUUCAGCAUGAUCCAACAACCUCAAGGAGCUCGGUUCAUCAAGAGGGGUGGGCCGGAUGAUGGCCAACCAGUGAGCUCCUUCACCCAACGAGACCUGGAUGAAGGACGGGUAGCUUUGGAGAUCUUAAACACAACUGGGGGUCAAAACGCUGGAAGUCAAAGUCAAGAUGAAGCACGCUUCCUCCUAAAGGCGCACGGCGUUCCUCCUGCAGAGUGCGUCUUGCCCUUCCACGUUGUUCCUUACGACCCAUCUAGAGUUUAUGGCGCCACACUGCUCAAAGUUCCACCGGUGUCCGUUUCCGACAAGAGUGACGCAGGUCAACCCGAGCCCAGGUGGAGGGAAGAUGGCGACGUGACUCCUGGCAGCACUGGAGCCACUCCUGUGGUGUCUAGACGGAACACGCUGUGGGCUAUCCUUAUUCCCAUCCUUGUCAUCCUCCUACUCAUGCUCCUGGCUGCACUACUGGUAUACUACUUAGUCCGACGCAACAAAACUGGGAAGCACAAUGUCCAAACAGUGGCAGCGAAGCCCAAGAAUGGAGAAGUGAGUCAGGAGACUUUUAGGAAAACCGAUCCUGCAAACAACAUCCCCAUGUCAAACAUGGACUCCAAAGGGGCAGAUCCUGAGUUAAUACAGCACUGUCGGACAACAAACCCAGCACUGAAAAAGAAUCAGUACUGGGUUUGAGAUGGGGAGGCGACCGGACACUUGUGUUUUCAAGGCCUUGAAUCAUUCCAGUCAGUGUUAUACAGUUUUCUUGCCAUUAUUGAUGCUUAUGAAUUAAAGUUCAGCACAUGUCUGAGUUUAGGGUUUCUAAGGCCCUGUUUACACCUGGUAUUAACAUGCGUUUUAGUCGAUCGGAUCACAAGUGGACGACGCUAAAUAUACAGGUGUAAACGGGGUGUAAAACAUUUUGAGUUUGUCUGCUUUCGACCACUUCCAGAGGUAGUCGGAAACGCAUUCGACCGGAUUGCUUUCGUAGUGUAAACACUCAUGCAUUCGUACACCCACUAAAGACCGCCUGCUCUCCGCCUGCUGACCUUACGCCUACUUAUGAAAAGCGCGCUAGCCAGACGGGAUUUAAACUUUGUCGGCUGAAGACCCAAGUUUGGUGUAAAGAUGAAAAAUGUACCAAGCACAAUGUUCUCUCACCAUUCCUGAUUUCUAAAACACACUUGCAGUGUUCUUGCGGCUUUCAGAGCAGAAACAAAAGCUGAUGCUCUCCGUAUGUUUUUCCUUCGUCUCCGGGUGCGUUCAUAUGUAAAUUGCGCAAGCUUAUUUUGUCCAUUAGAUCAAAAGAUCUGAAAAAAACCCAUACAUUUAACCACCCAUAGGCCCUCCCCUCAAAGAAAUCAGGACAGAAGUGGUUGAAAGUGGACAAAAGAGAUGGAUUAAAACACCAGGUGUAAACAAGUAUGUCUCCCUCGUCCACUUGUGAUCCGAUCGACCAAAACGCAUCUUAAUACCAGGUGUAAAGUGGUCCUUAGAUGGCACAACCAGAUCUGUGUGUGUGCUGAUGGUCUAAUAGUCAUUUUUCAGCUGAGGCUGAAUUAACAAACUUUUAAGGUACUUUUGGACAAGAACAUAGCAUAUGUUUGAACAAUCUAUUGUAUGUAUGUUUAGGCAGUAAAUGGGUUAAGAUCUUAUUUUUCAGUGUUAUUUACGUUUAUGUUUCGUGUUUGUGUUGCUUUUAAACACUGAUCAAUAUAUGUGUGUUUUUCCCAGUAGCCUGUUUUCUUUUGUGACACAUUGUGCAAUUUAAAAUUGUUCUGACAAUUUGGCACCUUUGUGAUCACUUGUUUUGAAGGAAUACAAGUUAAGCUCUGUCAACAGCAUCUGUUACAUGAUGUUGAUUACCUAAGAAAAUAACAAAAAGUCAUGCACUUAUAGUGGAAGUCUAUGGGGUAAGUUGUCACACAGAAGUAUAGAAACAAGAUUUCAGCAUUCUACAUUACAUGAGACUGCUAUGUAAAAAUUACUUACUAAUCUUGUCUGUGAGAAGUUAUCCAAAACUUAAACCAGUUAUGACCGUGUAAAGCCUGUAAACUCUGAACGUAUGUAGGUAAAUUCAUCUGUUAGAAACGUAAUCCCACCUCGAAAGGCAUGAUUCGGACCAGUUUUUCCCAAUCCUGUUCCUGGAUGCACACCAACAAUACACAUUUUUGAUGUCUCCCUUAUCUGACCCAUUUAUUUCAGUGAAGUUUCUAAUCAGAUCAGGUGUGUUUGAGUAACAAGAGUUCGAAAAUGUCUACUGCCUCUACGCAGCACAUUUAAAUUUCCGCAAAAAUCAAUGAGGUUCAUUCUCAUGUUACGCAGCACAUUUGAGCUUCUGCAAGAACCAAUGAGGUUCAUUCUCGUGUUACGCAGCAUGUUUGAGCUUCUGCAAGAACCAAUGAGGUUCAUUCUCGUGUUACGCAGCAUGUUUGAGCUUCUGCAAGAACCAAUGAGGUUCAUUCUCGUGUUACGCAGCAUGUUUGAGCUUCUGCAAGAACCAAUGAGGUUCAUUCUCAUGUUACGCAGCACAUUUAAACUUCCACAAGAACCAAUGAGGUUCAUUUUCAUGUGUUACACAGCACAUUUGAGCUUCUGCAAGAACCAAUGAGGUUCAUUCUCGUGUUACGCAGCACAUUUGAGCUUCUGCAAGAACCAAUGAGGUUCAUUCUCGUGUUACGCAGCAUGUUUGAGCUUUUGCAAGAACCAAUGAGGUUCAUUCUCGUGUUACGCAGCAUGUUUGAGCUUUUGCAAGAACCAAUGAGGUUCAUUCUCGUGUUACACAGCACAUUUAAACUUCCACAAGAACCAAUGAGGUUCAUUUUCAUGUGUUACGCAGCACGUUUGAGCUUCUGCAAGAACUAAUGAGGUUCAUCCUCGUGUUACGCAGCACAUUUAAACUUCCACAAGAACUAAUGAGGUUCAUUCUCGUGUUAUGCAGCACGUUUGAGCUUCUGCAAGAGAUUUGUUCUCAUUUUUGGUUGAAAUAACUCUUAAUAUAAGUAGCUUAACAAAAAAUCAACCAGCAAAUUUCAGAUUUUAAACCCUUUGGAGUACAUUACCCCAUAGACUCCCAUUGCAAGUGCUUAUUAUUUUUCUGUGGUAACUGACAGCAUAAUAGUCAUAAUAUUCUUAAUUAAGCUCAAAGUAUGCUUUGGCAUGAUGUAAAUUUCAACAUCAGCGCAAUUUUGAGGGAAAUAUUGGUGGGUGCACUAUGUGUCAACACUCAUAGAUGGGCUGUGGCUUGUUUUAAAGAACCAGUCAAAGAAGGUGUAAAAUGUAGGGAAAACUGCAGAUGAUAAAGGUGGAAACAACAACAGUCAGAAGGUACCCAUGUUUGUACAACUCAUUUGAAAGUGUAUAAGGAUAUCUUUAGCUGUCUAAGCUACUUAUUCUUUGUACUUCAGAGCAGCGAAAUCACAGAUGUCAGCUUUGUGCUGUCCUCUACAGGUCAGGCGGAGUAUUACAAUGCAGUCAUAGUGUGGUCAAAAAAAGGCUAGUAUGGCAGGUGGACAAAUUAAACAUAUGUGCACUUAGUUCUGUCAGAUUAUGGUGCUAGUGCCACUUUGAAAUCAUAUCAUGCCUGCUCAAAUAAGCCAUGUUAUGUUAUCUUCUCACUUUUGACUUAACCAGUGCUGCAAAAUUUGAUGGAUCAAGAGAAUUCACAUUUACUAAUCCUCAUAUCAGUCAUGCGAAAGUAAAACAAAUGCUUUUAGUUAUUUUUCUAUAUAAAUCUAUCUUUUCUACUCGGUUUGUUGUAUUUGUUUUGUCCGUAAAUGCUUUCAUCCACUGCACUGAUUACAGGCACUGAAGAACUGUAAAAGUUUUCUCCUCCAGAACUGCAGCCACGGACAGGAAGCGAGUCAGCAGUGGCUGAAUUCACGCUGUGUUCUGAUUGGCUGCAGGGAAGAUAUGAGGUCAUUAUUCCUCAGGCUGCAGCGACUAUUUUCCAGAGCUGUUUCUGAGUUCAGUUCACACAACUUUUGUUUUAGGUUUCAUUAAAGGAAAAUGUGCAAGUUGUUGCAUGGUUGGGUGAAAGUACGUCUGCACAUACACGUUUUACAAAAUUAUGUCUAGGGUGUACAGAAAUAUAGUGAUUGCAUAUGAGGAAAUAAAGAAAUUGAAGUGCGGCUAAAGGAAUAAUUCACCCCCCAAAAAAAAAUUCUGUCAUAAAUUUACACAACCUUACAGUUCUUCAAAACUUUGUGACACUUAAAUUUAAUUAAUAUACUUUUAUGGUACUUUUUGGGUGAAAAAAACACCCAUUUUACUAAAUCAUUUUUUGUGCGUUCCACGGAUCAUACGUGGAUCGACCUGAAGAUGAGUAAACAGUUUUAAUUUUCUAUUCCUUAAAUGUUUACCGAAAGACUGCCCAUUAUCUCUGGUUCUCUCUGGAUUGCAGUUAAUUAUUGGGAUUUUCACUGGCUGAACUGUAUAAUUAGAUGUUUUAAUUGGUCGCUUAUCUGACAAUAACGAUGUUCCUUAUAAUCAUAGACCAAUACCUUCUCGUCAUUCCUGAGUGUAAUUAUAGAGAGAAACGAUCGUUUCCCAAGGUACUGCAUAUGGAAUUGAUAUCACUGUUGAUCUGAUUUUCCCUUUUCUUUAUUAAGCUAGUAUUAACUGCAUAUCCUGGGGUUAUGAUAUCCCAUCUGUGACCUCUCAGGACAUUUAUAUCUGUGUUUCUGCAGAGCAGAAUUGAGAUCACAUGAAAACUCAGGUCAUCAAUGGUGUUUGUUCUCUGGGUAUUUAUGGGGAUAUGUCAACCUUAAACCCAAAACCAUGUACAACCCCAAUUUAUGUGUUUUUGGAUUAUUCUGUUUGCUUGUAAAUAUAUAAUGUCAAAUCACAAAAACCUGUCAUGAGAAUCAAAAUGCACUUUCCUCCAGCUCUUUAAAGAUUACAUUUGUGGGUGAGAGUUUUCAUUUCCAGUGUUAUAAUUUAUUUUUAGCAUCUAUAUUCAGUUUAGUUUUUGCUCUUUUAAAAGUUUAUGAAGUUAUUAUGUCCCUAUAGAAAGAAAGUAAUAUGUCAUGGUCCCAACAACAUAAAAUAAAAAGUGGAAAAAAAGGUC